AUGCCUACCAUCAGUAUUGGCAGAGACCGUUUGUUCGCUGCUCUUGGAGAAUCUUACACUCAGGAAGAAUUCGAGGAUCUCUGUUUCCGUUUUGGCAUCGAGCUUGAUGAUGUGACAACUGAGAAGGCAAUAAUCAGGAAAGAAAAACACAUCGACGAAGAAGCUGAUGAUGAUGAAGAAAUCAUCUACAAGAUUGAAAUUCCUGCCAACAGAUACGAUUUGCUCUGCCUCGAAGGGCUUGCGCAAGCUCUUCGUGUUUUCAACAAGAAACAAGAGAUACCAACGUAUAGACUUGCUGACAUUAGCAAAGACAAGAUUCUUAAAAUGCAAGUUAAAUCAGAGACAUCGAAGAUUCGCCCAUAUGUUGUCUGUGCUGUUUUAAGAGGUGUAACCUUUGACGAGGCUCGUUACAACAGCUUCAUUGAUCUUCAAGACAAGUUACAUCAGAAUAUUUGCCGGCGAAGAUCUCUGGUUGCAAUUGGAACUCAUGACCUUGAUACAUUGCAGGGCCCAUUCACAUAUGAGGCUUUGCCACCAACAGAUAUCAAUUUUGUACCUUUGAAGCAAACAAAGAGCUUCAGGGCUGACGAACUAAUUGAAUUUUACAAGUCAGAUUUGAAGUUGAAAAAGUAUUUACACAUAAUUGAGAAUUCACCCGUCUUCCCUGUUUUGUUCGACAGUAAAAGAACUGUGCUGUCAUUGCCACCCAUUAUCAAUGGUGCACAUUCAGCAAUUACCCUGCAGACAAAGAAUGUCUUCAUUGAAUGUACAGCAACCGAUUUGACGAAGGCCAAAAUUGUUUUAAACACAAUGGUUACAACUUUUUCAGAAUAUUGUGAGAGGAAAUUUGUGAUUGAGCCUGUUGAAGUUACAUAUGAUGAAGGGAAGUCAUACAUCUCUCCGGAUUUGGCUGUCUAUGAAAUGGAAGUUCCUCUGUCUUAUAUUACGGACUCAAUUGGAGUCUCUUUGAAGGUGGAAGAGGUUACAAGUCUGCUGACCAGAAUGCAGCUACAUGCUGAGCGUUCAAAAUCUGGUGAUAACCAUUGUGCCAUAAAAGUAUAUGUACCCCCGAGCAGAAGCGAUGUUCUCCACCCUUGUGAUGUUAUGGAGGACGUUGCCAUUGCCUAUGGUUUCAAUAAUAUCCCAACAAGGAAGCCUGCUUCGAUAAAACCACUGUCUUUGAAUGAGCUCACUGAUCUUCUCAGAACAGAGAUUGCGAUGAAUGUGUACAGCGAGGUGCUAACAUGGAUACUAUGCUCGCGCAAGGAAAACUUUGCAAUGCUAAAUAGAAAGGAUGACGAUUCAGCUGUUAUAAUUGGAAACCCGCGGUCUGCUGAUUUUGAGGCCAUGAGGAGGAGUCUCAUGCCCGGAAUAUUGAAGACAGUUGGUUCAAACAAAGACCAUCCUAAACCUAUUAAGAUUUAUGAAAUAGGUGAUGUGGGCUUGUUGGAUGAGAGCAAAGACGUUGGUGCAUCAAAUCGUCGCCAUUGCGCUGCACUACAUUGUGGUGCUACUUCUGGAUUUGAACUGGUACAUGGCCUCGUCGAUAGAAUCAUGGAAGUUAUGGGGAUCCCAUUUGUACCAGUCAAUGACAAUACCGGAUACUAUAUAAAGCUCUCUCAGGAACCCGAGUUUCUACCAGGAAGGCAAGCUAGCAUCGUUGCCAAAGGGAAACACAUUGGCAACUUUGGAAUCGUGCACCCUCAGGUUUUGAACAAUUUUGACAUCACUGAUCCAUGCUCUUUCGUGGAGAUUGACAUCGAAGCUCUCUUAUAG